UCUGUAGAAGCUGCUUGGUGAAGUAUUUGGAGGAAAACAACACCUGUCCAACAUGUAGAAUUGUUAUACAUCAGAGCCAUCCAUUACAGUAUAUUGGUCAUGAUAGAACAAUGCAAGAUAUUGUUUACAAACUUGUGCCAGGCCUCCAAGAAGCGGAAAUGAAAAAGCAGAGGGAAUUCUACCACAAACUGGGUAUGGAAGUACCAGGGGACGUCAAAGGGGAGACAUGCUCUGCAAAGCAACAUCUAGAUUCACAUCGCAAUGGUGAAAAUAAAACAGAUGAAAAUUCAAACAAAGAAACUUCUGAGGAAAAACAGGAAGAAGAUAAUGACUAUCAUCGAAGUGAUGAACAGGUAAGCAUCUGCCUGGAAUGUAAUAGCAGCAAAUUACGUGGAUUGAAACGAAAAUGGAUCCGCUGCUCAGCACAAGCAACAGUCUUGCAUCUAAAGAAGUUCAUUGCUAAAAAACUUAACCUUUCUUCUUUUAAUGAGCUGGAUAUAUUAUGCAAUGAAGAGAUCCUUGGCAAGGACCACACACUCAAGUUUGUAGUUGUUACUAGAUGGAGAUUUAAGAAAGCACCUCUACUUCUACAUUACAGACCCAAAAUGGACUUGCUGUAAGAGGACUUUAUUGUCCUUCUGGACACAGUUUUUUGCAGAGACUAUCAUCUGGCACCUUAGUGCAGCACUUAACUCUCACAUGACGCAAACCAGCAGAAUCACUUUGGAAGACUGUAGUGCUUUCAUAGCAGAGUGUCCUUUUGAAUAUUUCUUCUAGGGACAUGCUGCCCAGAUUUUUGGACAAAAAUAUUUAUACUUUUUUUUUGUACAAAUGGAAUAAAUUACAACUCAACAAGACUCUACCAGCACCAUGUUUACAGAUAGUGAAAACACUUCACAGUUCCAUGGAGCUCAGCCUGAUUCAUCUCUUUGUAGUUACACAAAAAUAAGUUUAAAAUGUGGGAGUGAUUUAAAAUGUUACUUUUAACACCAAAUUACUACAUUUAGGGUUUUUUUUUGUCUUGAAACUUUAAAACUUAUUUCAGUAUGUUUUUCUAAGGUGUUCUUGUUUUAUGUAGUAUGCCCAGUUAUGUCAGCUUUAAUCAAGCCGUCCUAUAGAGCAUUGAACAUAGCUAAUGAUAUAGUGACUGAUGAUAUUUAUUAUGCUGCAUUAAAAACUUCCUAAAAGCCUAGAGAUCCAAUAACUUCAUUAGUUUUGCACAGUGUUUGUUCUCCUUUAUUUUGUAUUUCAGUAAUGUUUUGAUACUCUCCCUUUGCAUGUUGAUUUGAGUUUAACAGAAAUUAUUUCACUUGAUUUUGAAUAUGCCUUAAUAUUUUGCCAUGGCAUAAAUUGCAUCAAAUCAUAACAAAUACUCAGAAGUGCUGAAUUUGUGAAAUUGUUUUAAAGAAAAUGCGUCUCAUAAUUGGGGCUUGCAAAAAUCAAAUUUUACUUUACGGAGAAUUUGCUAUUUCAUUAGCUGUUGAAACCAUGGCUGUUGGGCAACUUUUGUUGAUGCAGCGCAAGUUUCCAUUUAACUAGCAAAAAAUUCUUCAGUUAAUUGCAAACCAAUUCUGGAUUUCUUUUACUGAUUUCUUUAUGAAACCACAGCUUUCUUUAGCACAAUUACUAAUUAGCUUGGAGGUCAGAUUACGUUACAGGGGCACCUUCUGGCCUUAACUGAUAAUUUUGCUUGUGUCAAGCCCUGAGAAAUGCAAACUACCAUAUGUGUAUGUGUGUCUGUGUACACACGCACGCACACCUUAGAGAAUCCACCUUCAGUAGUGCUUAGCAGGAUGUUGACUGUGUUGCUUGAAAGGCUUUUUAAAAUAGUCAGCUUUAUAAAAAUGUGGUAGUAGUCGAAAGUGAUUUCUGCAAGCUGUAUGCUGUAUAGCAUUAUAUAUAGUAUGGAUAUGUGUCUGACACAGGAUCUCAAGUCACUGAAAAGAAGAUAUGCAGUAUUAUUGGCAGCUGGAGGCUAUUAAUUUUCUAACUCUUAGAAGAGUUUUUCUGUCAGCUGAAAAUGGCAGUUGUUACAUUUUUUUAUUCUUCCAUAAAAUGUCAAUGGCUAAGAAAAUCAGUAUGCCUGUUAGCACUGUCCUGCUUCCUCCAGCUGUGUUCUCCUCCUCUGCAAGAAAGCAUUGCUUAAUGUUACUCGAUAAUAGGAGGUUGAUCCCGCAAGAGGCUUAUUCAAGUAUUGGAAGUCCUGUUGCUUCUUGAGUUCUCCAAGCACCAUGUUCCUCUGCAUGUCUUCCAUGCUUUUCUUAAUUGGAAUUUUCAGUUCCUCUUUCCUAGUUCUGCUGCCAAAGGGAAGUUCUAAGUUCACUUGUUUGUCUUUGGAAACAGGGUUCCUUGUUUUAAAUUAUAACCAUAGCUGUGAAUGGUGAGGAAAUCAAAAGAAAUACAAAGAAAGAAAAAGAGCCUACUGAACAAUGGGGAUGGUCAAGAGAGCUGCAGUAAGGUCAGUGAAGUACUGCCAUCUCUGUGAAUGAGGACGUGAGACCACUAUAUUUGAACACCUAAGUUAGACAGGACUUCUUCACAUCAAGGCCUAGAGUGCGUGUGUGUGUGUGUUUGUGAUAGAAUUAGAACUUUGCUCUGGUUUUGCUGUACUGUUUCUGGACUCUCUUAUCUACAAUUUAGCUUUUAUCUAUUUUUAGCAUUAAUAGAAGUGGAGAAAGAAGACAGAUGAGAUCUAUUUAGUCUUUUUUUUUUUUGGCAAUUUUUCACUGAAAAGUGAAUGCAGAUGAUAUGGAUGUGUACACAAAUUGUCAUAAUAUGCCUUUCUGGAGCUGUUAAUGUGACUAUCGUUGCACAUUUCCCAGUGUGAAUCAGGGGCUAGUUCUAGUUGGUGAGCCCCCCAGAGAGUGCAAAUAUGGUUAUAAGCAUCCAUCCUCCAUGCACUCCAAAUGUACAGAUACUGGGCUAUCCCUGACGUAGACGUGGAAAUCAAGCCCAUAGACUAUGUAAAUGCCUAAUUAAU